CCACCAUGCCAUGGAAAGCUCUCGAAUUCAUCGCCUUCGACCCUAAAAAGAUAAUUCUCAGCAAGCCAUUCUUCUUCUUUCUCUUCACUCUUUCUAUUCGAAAACUUUGAAAAACUUGUUUGCGAAUAAAUAACCAUUCGAAUUCUAAUUUCUGAGUCGUACUCAUACUGAAGCAUAAAAUCAAGGAAAAUAAUCAUGGCCUCCGCAGAUGAGCUGAAAGCUCUAGGCAAUAAGGCUAUUGCCGAACACAAAUACGACGAGGCUAUUGAUGCUUUCACCAAAGCCAUUUCCAUAGAUUCUAGCAACCACAUCUUCUACAGCAACCGAUCUGCUGCCUACGCCUCCAAAAAGGACUGGGCCAAUGCGUUGAAAGAUGCUGAGAAGACAACCGAGAUCAAGCCAGACUGGCCGAGAGGAUGGGGAAGAAAGGGUGCCGCUUUACACGGUUCUGGUGACCUGUUAGGUGCCAGUGAUGCUUACGAGCAAGGCCUCAAGCUUGAUCCCAACAAUGCGGGUCUUAAGAACUCACUCGCCUCUGUCCAACGGGCUAUGGAACAGGAAGCCGGUUCCGGUUUCGGUGCUGAUCCUACUGGCGGACUUGGGAAAAUGUUCAGUGAUCCCAACCUAUUGCAAAAGUUGAUGAGCAACCCCAAGACCAGUGGCUUUUUCGCCGAUCCUUCUUUCGUGGCCAAGAUCCAGGCUAUACAAAAGAACCCCCAGAAUACCCAGGAGCUAUUCAGCGAUCCCCGCCUAAUUCAAGUACUGGGCGUCUUGAUGGGUGUCGACAUGACCAUGGGGGGAGCCGAUGAUAUCCCAGGAGCUACCGGAGGAGCUUCCUCUUCCCGCGCCAAGGAAGCUGAAGAAGAUGUCGACAUGCCAGAUCUAGUGCCAUCAGAUUCUGCACCUCCAUCCAAAUCCGAGCCUGCCAAGGCUCCUCAGCCGGAACCCGAAGAGGAAGUAGAUGAGGAGGCACUAGCAAAGAAGAAGGCAAAGGAGGAAGCUGACAAGGAGAAGGCCUUGGGUACGGAGAACUACAAGAAGCGCAACUUUGAUGAGGCCAUUCAACACUACAAAAAGGCCUGGGAGCUCCACAAGGACAUCACCUAUCUCAACAACCUCGGUGCCGCCUAUUUUGAAAAGGGUGACUACCAGGCCUGUAUCGACGCUUGCACCGAGGCUAUUGAGGAGGGUCGUCAGAUCUAUGCUGACUUCAAGACCAUUGCCAAGUCGUACGCACGUAUCGGCACGGCGUACGAGAAACAGCACAACCUCGCAGCCGCGAUCGAGAACUACCAAAAAUCUUUGACCGAACACCGAACACCUGACACUGUCAACAAGCUACGCUCAGCAGAGCGUAGAAAGAUUGAGGAAACUAGAACGGCAUACAUUGACCCAGCAAAGGCCGAGGAAGCACGUGAGGAGGGUAACAAGAAGUUCAAAGAGCAGGACUUCCCCGGUGCCGUCGCUGCAUACACGGAAAUGAUCAAGCGCGCGCCGGAAGACCCUCGAGGAUACAGCAACCGCGCAGCCGCCUUUGUCAAGUUGUUUGAGUUCCCCAGCGCUCUCGAUGAUUGCAACAUAGCCAUAAAGAAGGAUCCCAAGUUCAUCCGGGCGUACAUCCGCAAAGCUCAGAUCUACUUUGGCAUGCGCGACUACUCCAAGUGCAUUGACGCUUGCAACGAGGCUUCAGCGGUGGAUGCCGAACACCACAACAACGCCAACUCCCGGGAGAUCGAGCAACAGCAACAGAAGGCGCUACAGGCCAUGUACUCGGCGCGCGAGAACGAGACGGAAGACCAAACCCGCGAACGAAUAAUGAAAGACCCGGAGAUUAUGAGUAUCAUGCAAGACCCUGUGAUGCAGUCCAUCCUCCAGCAGGCUCAAUCUGAACCUGCCGCUCUUCAAGAGCAUAUGCGUAACCCAAGCGUGCGUUCCCAGAUUCAGAAGCUGAUUGCGGCUGGUGUUAUUCGCGUGGGACGAUAGAUGUGUGGCAGAGAAAUGAAAAAGGUCAGUGGGUAGUAUGGUACCCAUCUAAUGGCAUUCCCAUGCUGUACUAUUAUGGGCGUUGAAAAACUGCACUGGAGGUUCAGGGUACGAAUAUUAACGAAUUGACGGUAAUCAACGGAAAUGAAAUAAAUACUAUUUUAUUUAACUGGCCUGACUUCGUUCGUAUUCAAUUCUCAUAUUUUAUAGUCCCGUGUAACUUAGUACCCCUAACCCCUAAUACCCAAAGGAUAUACCCA